AUGCCGGCGGCCGGCGCCGCUGCCGCCUGCGGGGAUGCUCGGGACGAGGCGGGCCGGUGCCUGAGCCCCGCGGGGCGGCUGGCGGCCGCCGUGUGCCUGGGCGCCGUGGGCAGCCUGGGCUUCUGCAGCAACCUGCUGGUGCUGCUGCUCUUCUGGCGCUUCCCGGCGCUGCGYUCCCCCAUCAACCUCCUGCUGCUCAACAUCGCCUUCAGCGACCUGCUGGGCUGCGCCCUGGGCACCCCGCUCGGGCUGGCCGCGGGGACCGCCGCCGCACCGGGGGCCGCCUGCGCCUGGCACGGCUUCGCCACUGCCCUCUGCGGCAUCAUCUCGCUCAUCUCCCUGGCUGUGCUUUCGUACGAGCGCUACUGCACCAUGACAAGAACGACAGAGGCUGACACUACGAACUACAGRAAAUCAUGGACAGGCAUCAUCCUGUCCUGGACAUACUCCUUGUUCUGGACUGUUCCCCCGCUUCUGGGCUGGAGYAGCUAUGGGCCAGAAGGAGCAGGGAUAACCUGCUCUGUGAACUGGCACUCCAAGGAUGCCAACAACGCGUCCUACAUCGUCUGUCUUUUCAUCUUUUGCCUUGUAAUCCCUUUUGUCAUCAUUGUCUAUUCGUAUGGGAAGCUGUUCUGUGCUGUGAGGCAGGCCAGCAGCAUCCACAAAGGGCCGGGCCGGAGCCGUGAGCAGCGCAUCCUGGUSAUGGUGCUGGUGAUGGUGGUGUGCUUCCUCCUCUGCUGGCUGCCCUAYGCUGCUGUGGCACUCAUAGCCACCUUUGGCAAGCCUGGCCUCAUCAGCCCUGCUGCCAGCAUCAUCCCAGCCAUCCUUGCCAAGAGCAGCACGGUCUACAACCCCAUCAUCUACGUGUUUCUCAACAAACAGUUUUACAGGUGCUUCCUGGCGCUUCUGGGAUGCGACAAAUCCUCUGUGAGCUCCUCCAAGGCCGUGCCCAGGCCCUGCCAUGCCCUGCAGCAGGCACAGGGUGGUGYUGGCCCUGCAGUGCCCACUCUGGCUGGGCAUUCCUUGGCUGAGAGCCCGUGCCCAGCACCAGGGGACACCGUGGCAGCUGCAGGAGCUGUGCCYGAGGCUCCCUGCAGCUCCUGA